AUGGCCGGUACCCGGGACCCGGGGCUGCAGACUGGAGCCGCAACCCCAUGGCGACGGUUCGCCAUCGGAGGAGCCCGAUCUGCAAAUGUUUUGUCGCCGAGAACUCCUGCAGCGCCGCGCGACAACGUCCGGAAGUCAAAGCCCCGGCCUCCAUCCCGUCCAGAAUGGAUGUCACCAUCGAGCGCUGGUGGUCAGCUGCCCUUGUCACCUACCGUCACAUCCUGGGAGACCCAGGCAAACGACGCGAGUACAACGGAGGAUGUAACGUAUAGCAAAUUCACUGACAAGCCACCUCUGUUCCUCGGCAUCAUCCCAGACGAUGACAAGGGCUCACUCGAGUACUCCGUCUACAUGACGGCCUACACAGUUGGCUUCGCCGCCCUGCUGGUCUUUAUCACGGUCGCUGCGAGCGCCUACUUCCCACACUGCGACAAUCCUGUGAGCUGCUUCGACCUAAACAGUGAGCUACAGCGCAGCAGACUUGUCGAUGUAGACCCGUGUGAUGACAUGUUCGAGCACGUCUGCGGCCGCUGGACCAGCAUGUACCCUGAGCAGCAAGACCUGUUCGAAGUCCUCAACAACAGGCUGCGCGUCUCCUUGCUUGAGAACAUCGAUCAAGUGAACGCUGACUCCCGUGACGCGGUUGAUAAGGCGGCCGCUGCGAUGACCGCGUGCAUGAACGUCCCAGAAGCUGAUAUUGAUCACGCCGAAACUAUUCGGCAGGUGCUGCGUCAACGCGGAUUAACGUUUCCCGCCAGUAAAAAGCGCUCUACACGCGAAGUGUUCGGCGUCCUCAUCGCGCUCACCCUGCAGGACCUUCUGGGCGUUUUCUUCCAGCUCAAGCUCACACCAUACUUGAAGGCAGAGGAUAGAUUCGUCUUCGAAUUCAGGUACGCCGAGACCAUGUUCAGGUAUGUCACGGACGCGGAAGUGCUCGAAUCAUGCGUCCGUGCUUACGACCCGAAUCUAGAAGGCGCUCGGGACGUGGCGGAGAGGCUUGCGAACGUGGAAACUGAUGUCAGAACCAUAACAGAAAUGCAUUCUGGGGGGAAUGAGCAGCCGCAGUAUUACAAGUUCUCUGAGAUUGAUGACGUUUACUAUAACAGGACUCAGCAUGAAGUUUACAUGACCGCGCAGUGGUGGCUUGAUGAAAUCAAUAAACAUAUACCUGAGAAUUCAGUCAUAAAUAUGGCGUCAGAAAUUCUCAUCAAAGAUCAUCACGCCUUGUUUCUGACCAUUGAUGUGCUGAGAGCGUAUUCCACCAGCAGCUUGCACCUUCAGACCUACAUAGCCUGGAAAGUCAUCAAGUACCUUUCGUAUGCGGCGUCCAACAGGAUGUUUUUCUGCCACUUCCAUUUAACCAACGUCCACUGGGUGAAUACUUUCGCCAGAGCACUCGACCGAUGCACGAGCUACAUCAAGGUUGUCAUACCGCACGCCCUGCUCAAGUUACAGGUCAAGCAUAUCCUAGACGACGAGACCAUAAACUACACCAAUACGAUCGCCGACCGCAUCAGGUACCAAAUGGAGGUCUCUUACAAUUUCUCGUUAUUCGACCAAGAGUCGGCAAGAGGUGUAGUUCAGCGCCUUCGGUCCAUCCACCAGAUUAUUGGCAUGGCCUCAAAACUUCGCAGUAACACCGCACUAAAUUCCUACUACUCUCAUAUACCGAAACCCGAAGCACCAUUCAAGUUCGUGGACUGGCUGGUCGAAGCUCACCGCGCUGUGGCAGCGCACAAGAAACGCUUUCUUCAGCCCUCCCCUGAUGGAACGGCCUCUAUCAGCCGAGACGACUGGGACCUGACGGGAAUAUCGGUGGGCGCCUUCUACGUCAUCGUGUACCACAUUAUCUACCUACCCGGCAGCAUACUCCUGCCACCGUUCAUGGUUCCGUACGGGCCAAACUCUUACAACUAUGGCGGGAUCGGUAAGGUAAUUGGCCACGAAUUGACGCACGCAUUUGAUCCCAAAUACCUGGACCUCAACCCUAGGGGCGAGAAGCAAAUCUUCUACACGCCUCAGUUCCUUCAGAAGUAUCAGGAACUACAGGAUUGCAUCGUCCUGCAGGCCAACAAGUUGACUGAGAGUGCCGUCGCCGGAAACAACUCCAUCAGUGAGGCUUUCGCCGACAGCGCAGGAGUUGAAGCCGCCUACCUCGCGUACAGGGCUCUGCCAGAGUCUGAUCGCCAGGCUGGAUCGGGGUACUACACAGCAGACCAGUCCUUUUUUGCCGGCGGCUGCUACAUGUUUUGCCAGGCUGAAGAUGAUUACUCGGAGUUAAGCAUCUACCUGCCGCACAGCCUUCGCUGCAAACAACCCUGCCUCAACACGCAAGAAUUCGCGAGCGCUUUCGGCUGCAAAGAAGGAUCGCCGAUGUUCCCGCAUAAGCGGUGUGACGUGCACGACUUUUUGAGGAUCCCACAGGGGGGAACGCGCUAA